AUGCAACUCAUCAACUACCUCCCAAUCCUGGCCGCGCUCUCCCCAGCACUCGCCCUCCCAGCUCCAGCUAUCAUCUCCACAAAUUCCAGCACCCUCACCCCCAUGUGCAUCAAGCAACUCGACCCCAAAAUGUGUAUUCUCAACUGGAACACCAACACCAUGGCCGUCAACAACGACUUAUCCAACCCCAACAACCUCGUUGCUUACGCCCGCGCAACCGUUUACUCAAACACCUGUACCGCGAUCGGAGCCAUCAGAAACGGGCUCGUCCAAAAUGUCUUCAUCGACGCUCAGGGAUGGAGCCAAUCACUGAUUCUCCAAAAUGUCUUCGAUGAGAAGAGGGGGUUCAAGGUUCCUCGCUGGAGCUUCAAUGGAAAGGCGUACACGGUUGAUAACUGCGCUUGUUUCGAUGGUCGUUUGUUGGGCGAGCCAAAGGAUACACAUGUUUGCGAAUGUUCAUUCGAAUGUGCAUAG